AUGGCCAGCAGCAGCCCUAAGAACCAGCCCACCAUCAACUUCCCCCGCACGAGGAGCGCCCGCCGCCUCGCUGCCCCCUCGGCCAAGAGCGACCCCGACGCCUCUGCUCUGCGCCCCUCGCCGCGUUCCAAGACCUCAAGCCCCGCCGACCCCGGCCAGGCCACACCGGGCACACGCUCAGGCCGGACCACAGCGCAGCCCCUGAGCCCCAAAGUGCAGCCCCUGAGCCCCCGCAAACGCCUGGGUGAUGACAACCUGUGCAAUGUCCCCCAUGCCCUGCCUGGCUCCCCAGCCAAGCGCAGCAAGGAGAACCGGGGCCGUCGCCUGCUCUUUGGGGACCCCUCGGCCUCCCCCGAGCAGCCCAAGAGCCCGGGGCCAUCCCCGCGGAGCAGGGGGCCAGAGACCCCUCGGAGCUCGGGGCUCAGCAGGCAGCACCCACGCACCCGGCUCUUCAGGCAGGAAGGUACCUGUUACCAGCAGGUCAAGCAGGUGCUGCAUGCAGCCGUGCCCGACCGGCUCCAGGGCAGGGAGCGGGAGACUGGGAUCCUCCGGCAGUUCCUGCGGGAACACGUCCUGGGGCGCCGUCCCGGCAGCCUCUACGUGUCCGGAGCCCCCGGGACUGGGAAAACAGCCUGUCUGAGCCGUGUUCUGCUCGACUGCAAGGACGAGCUGGCCAGGAGCAAGACUGUGGUGCUGAACUGCAUGGCACUGGGCAGCCCCCACAGCGUCUUCCCUGCCCUGGCACAGCACCUGGGGCUGCCCGUGGCCACUGGCCGGGAGCGUGUCCGGAGCCUGGAGAAGCAUCUGACGGCCCAGGGGCCCAUGGUCCUCCUGGUGCUGGAUGAACUGGACCAACUAGAGAGCAAAGGCCAGGAUGUGCUCUACACCCUCUUUGAGUGGCCCCAGCUGCCCAGUUCCAGGCUCGUCCUCGUGGGAUUGGCCAAUGCCCUGGACCUGACAGACCGCAGCCUGGCCAGGCUGGGAGUCCACACAGCCGGCAGCCCCCAGCUGCUCCACUUCCCACCCUACACCAAGGAGCAGCUCACCUGCAUCCUGCAGGAGCGGCUGGGGCAGGUGGCAGGUGACCCCGUCCUGGACUCUGCUGCGCUCCAGUUCUGUGCCCGCAAGGUCUCUGCAGUUUCCGGUGAUGCCCGCAAGGCCCUGGAUGUUUGUAGGCGUGCCGUGGAGGUGGUGGAGCUGGAGGUGCGAGGCCAGACCCUGCUCAAGCCACUGCCUGGGGGUGACUCCCCAGUGUCCCCCGUCCCCAAGCGCGUGGGGCUCCUGCACGUCUCCCGGGUGCUCUCGGAGGUGUUUGGGGACAGGCUGGCAGGAGGGUCCCAGGGGGCCCAGGACACCUUCCCGAUGCAGCAGAAGGUGCUGCUCUGCUCCCUCCUCCUGCUUACCCGGCGCUCACAGACCCGUGAGGUGACCCUGGGGAAGCUCCACGACACCUACAGCCAGGUGUGCCGACGGCAGCAGCUUCCCGCAGUUGACCAGGCUGAGUGUCUGUCCCUUGUCGCCCUCCUGGAGUCCCGUGGUGUCCUCGAGCUCAAGAGGGCCAAGGAGGCCCGGCUGGCCAAGGUUUCCCUGACGCUGGAGGAGGCAGCGCUGGAGCACAGGCUGCAGGACACGGCACUAGUGGGCAGCAUCCUGGCCCAGGGACUGCAUUAACCCCCCUGCACCCUCCCCAUGGCCCCAAGGAGGAUUUCACUGCUGUGGCAAGAGCAGACAAGUGGAUCCCAUGAUCUGGGGCAUUUGUCAAGUUCUGCCUUGGGGCUGUCAGUCUGGGGUCUUUUUAUUAAUAUUUUUAAUAUAAUAAUAUUAUUAAUGUUAUAUUGUAAUUUCUGCAUGAUGGGAGCUUAGGCGGGAGGCUGGGACACCCCCCAGUCCCUUUGCAGGGAGUGGUGGGUGCUCCUGGCCACCCUUGCCACCCUGAUGUGUGAUCCUGAGGUCCAGUGUUGCUCCUGCCAUGAAUUAAGGACCAUGUUUGCUCCCAACUCUUUCAGAGCCCUCUGAGGCCCUCCACAACCUUCACCACCACUCUGGCUGCAGGGAGAAUCUUCCCAGUAC